UUGCCCAAAGCACUUCUUCUCACCAUGAUGCAAGCUGUUGUCUCCAAGAGCACCUAUUGAAGGGUCCAGCAGAAGCAUCUCCUUGCCCAAUUUCUCCAUCACUUGCUUGAGCCUUCCAAGUUGCUUCCGGUUGCUGUUGGGAGAUCACUGGCCCUUGGCCUCCAACGUGUUAAGGACAUGAACGGGCUUUGAGACCCUCUUGACCCAAGCUGGGAACCGCGGUCACCUGUGGACUCAAGGCCUGAGGCCGAACAGGAAUGGGACCUGGGAAUCUGGUUGGAAUCCAAAGGUGCUCCCGGAAGGAAGAGCAAGAGAUCCAUUGAGUAUGAAAUGUGCUCCCAAGCAGCUGCUGUGCUUGAAAUGGUGUGCAAUACUCCGUGCUUCCAGCAACUCCCCAAUGGCCUCUUUAAAGGCUAAACCUCCCCAUGUUCCUCGUUUUUAAGGAGCUUCCUAAGAUCUCAACAAGACACCUCCAAAUCCUGGCCAGGCUGGAAUUGCUGCAUGAGCCUCUGAAUCUGCCCAAGCUGUACGGAUGGCAGUGGAACCCAGCUACCCAUGCAGGAGACUUCUGGGCAGCAGAGGUGGAGAAGGCCCUGAGAAAGGAACCAAGACCCAAGGUCUCCCAUGGAUUCUCCCCAAGAGUAGUGAUGAGGAACUAGUUGGAGGCGAUGCCCUCUCUGUUGGGAAGGAGAGCAUGGCAUAGAGGCGGGCAGGGACCACUGGCUUCUUUCUGCAGAGCAGAGCACAAAUAACACACCUUAACCUUUUUUUUAAGCUCACGGUCUGUGGCAUCCUCUCCCAAACCAGUUUGCAGACUGAUGGUGGUUCCAAACCUUGGCUGCCUAGAUGGGCUGAUGGCCAAGUUAGAGGAGAUGUAUGUCUGUUGGGUUCAUCACCCCCUCGAUCCCACCCCAUUCUCUCUGGCUUGGUUGGCCCCUUCCAGUUACCCUAGGGAGAACAAAGGAUAGGAAGUGAGUGCGCUACUGGGACUUUCUGGGCAAGGGGGCAGCGUUAAGAUGUGGAGACCUCCCUACCCAAGAGAGGCUCUGUGGAGGCACAAUCUGGUUGGGCAACUGCAGAAUGUGCAACACAACUCUGCCCCAGCUCCCCGGCACCCUGUGAAGAAUGAACAACCGGGACUUGCAGGAUAGGAAGCCCACUAACCACACAACAGACGGCCGCAACAUUAAUGAGAGGGAGCACAUCCGAGGGCGCAUGAAGAUGGUGAUUGGGCAGCUAGAAGGCAUUCUGCAAGAACUCAAGGAGGUGGCGAAGGAACUUCGAGACGUGGUCAGUCAGAUUGACAAGUUGACCUCAGACUUUGAGUUUGAGCUGGAGCCCGACGAUUGGACCACCACCACGGUGAGCAGUACCUCCAGCAGUGAGAAAGGGGGAGGCCUAUUUGACCUUGGGCACCUGGAUUUCAUGACCUCAGACAUCCUCUCCGACAGCUGGGAAUUUUGCUCCUUCCUUGAGGCCUCCACCCCUUCCGAUUUGGGCGAUGGUUCGGAGCAGCAGCAGCAGCAGCAACCACAGUCACAGCAGCCACCAGGACACCAGCCUGAUUACCAACUCAUGAAUGGUGGGGUGUUGAUCUCCAAUGGACCCCGGAUUGAAACCCCAGACUCUUCCAGCGAGGAAGCGUUCAGCUCCGUACCAAGUCACAAACCUCAACAUCAGAGGACGCCGGGCACCAGGGAGAGGGUGCGUUUUAGUGACAAAGUCCUCUACCAUGCUUUGUGCUGUGAUGACGAUGAGGAGGUGGACAGCGGGCCCCUUCCAGACGAUCCUCCGGAAGAGCCCCAUGAGACAACUCAGAAGGGGGUGUUAGUGGCCAAGACGGCAUCGCAACGGUCCCCUCAUCUUGAUAGUGGCCAAGCCCGGAAGCUGACACGGAACAGCAGCACCCAGACCGUGUCGGACAAAAGUACUCAGACGAUUCUCCCUUAUAUUUCGAACAAGCAGAAAAUCAGCCACAAGAACUGAGGACCAGCUGGGUGAAGGGUGGGCGGGGCUGAAGAG